UUCCUCUAAGUAUUGAACAGCAUAUCAAAUACGUAUCACAAGAAUUUCCAGGAAAUAAUGUUGUAAGUGCGACAUUUUUACCGAUGGUAGCGAAGUCAAUAUGUUGUGGAAUUAAGAAAAUCUCUAAGAAAAUGUUGUAAAAGUAUCAUUAAACAAAAACACUGGUUAAAUCUCUAGUCGUGCUCUGUAGGAAAGUUGUUACAAUUAUUGGAUUUUACACGAAGAGAAGCAUCUAGGAUUUAACAAGGGAACAAUGAAGUUGAGAGAAUUCAGUACAGUUGUUAUAGUGACUAUAGCAUUAUGCUGUAUUAAUACAUCAGACGCUCUUAUAAAUAUAGAACAAAUAUUAGGAUGCCAUCCAAGAGAAUAUAAAUUUAAUGCUUCAAAAUCUGCCGAAAUCAAUGGAGAAGUGCUUUCAUGUUGGGAUAUGGUCACAGUGUAUUCGUGUUGGGGGCGUUGCGAUUCUUUUGAGUAUGGCAACUAUAAAGCACCGUACAUAAUCAGUUAUCACCCUGUAUGUACCUACAUUAGGGAGAAAACAAGGAAGGUGAAAUUACGCUUUUGUCAUCCGGAAUUCCCUGAUCCUUACUACGAAGUUUUCGAUGCAUCAGAAUGCAGUUGUAAAUUAUGCGAUUCUAGAACAACGAGAUGCGAAUAUCUCACUGGGUAAUAGAUAUAGAACAAAACGAAACAUUGAACAUCUCUUUACUUCACAGUUGUUUACCAAUUCAAAAUUUUCAGUGUUAAAGGGUUACUGAGAUGUAGCGCAUUGUAAAAUUAUUUAAGAUUUUCAUUAUGUACACUUGUCAAGCCAUUAACAUGAUUUAAAUGCGUUGUAUAAAAUUUUCAAACAGAUAUGAAGGUUUUGUACUCAUUCUAAAGGAAAACAGCACACAAUUAAAUGAAACGUGAAACAUUGUUUACAAUAAGGACAAAUAUUCUGUUAUUCUUUUUAACUUAAAUUUACUUUGUGUUUAUUUGUAUGUUAUUCUUAUUUAAUGUAGUAAUCAUAUGAUCUGUUUUUAACUUAUCUUUCUGACAAACAUUGAACAAAACAACUAAAUCUUUUGAAAAAAAACCAAAACAAAACAAAAAACAAAACAAAACAAAAACAAAACAACAAUAAAUCAUGAUUCGCAAGAUAGCGUUUCUA